CGGCUCUGUAUGUGGAUGUCAUCUCUACCAGUUGUCUUUGGCCUUUCUUGGGUCCCCUCAUGCUUUGUACAGAGCUGCGUGUCUAGGAAGGCCUUGGGAGAUCUUGGGCAGGGCACCAAUGCCUCUGCUCUGGAAAAAGACAUUGGUCCAGAGCAGUUUCCGAUCAAUGAACACUACUUCGGAUUGGUCAAUUUUGGGAACACGUGCUACUGCAACUCCGUGCUUCAGGCGCUGUAUUUCUGCCGGCCGUUCCGUGAGAACGUGCUGGCAUACAAGGCCCAGCAAAAAAAGAAGGAAAACCUGCUGACGUGCCUGGCAGACCUUUUCCACAGCAUCGCCACGCAGAAGAAGAAGGUUGGCGUCAUCCCACCAAAGAAGUUCAUUUCGAGGCUGAGAAAAGAGAACGAUCUCUUUGAUAACUACAUGCAGCAGGACGCUCACGAAUUUUUAAAUUAUUUGCUAAACACUAUUGCGGACAUACUGCAGGAAGAGAAGAAACAAGAAAAGCAAAAUGGAAAAUUAAAAAAUGGCAACAUGAAUGAGCCUGCGGAGAAUAAUAAACCAGAACUCACCUGGGUCCAUGAGAUUUUUCAGGGAACGCUCACCAAUGAAACCAGAUGCCUGAACUGUGAAACUGUUAGUAGCAAAGAUGAAGAUUUUCUUGACCUUUCUGUUGAUGUGGAGCAGAACACUUCCAUUACCCACUGUCUGAGAGACUUCAGCAACACAGAAACACUCUGUAGUGAACAAAAAUAUUAUUGUGAGACGUGCUGCAGCAAGCAGGAGGCCCAGAAAAGGAUGAGGGUAAAAAAGCUCCCCAUGAUUUUGGCCCUGCACCUGAAGCGGUUCAAGUACAUGGAGCAGCUGCACAGGUACACCAAGCUGUCUUACCGGGUGGUCUUCCCCCUGGAGCUGCGGCUCUUCAACACCUCCAGCGACGCCGUGAACCUGGACCGCAUGUACGACCUGGUUGCUGUGGUCGUCCACUGUGGCAGUGGCCCUAAUCGUGGGCAUUAUAUCACCAUUGUGAAAAGUCAUGGCUUCUGGCUUUUGUUUGACGACGACAUUGUAGAGAAAAUAGAUGCUCAAGCUAUUGAAGAAUUCUAUGGCCUGACGUCAGAUAUAUCGAAAAAUUCAGAAUCUGGAUAUAUUUUAUUCUAUCAGUCAAGAGAGUAACUUACAGAGUGGGACUAACUCACGUGGGGGGCGUUGUUCAAAGCACUAUUCCCGUUUCUCUGCAGACCCCUUCCCCAGCGGCCCAGUGAUGUCAUCACUUCGAGUCUGAGUGGUCUGGCUGUGUUCAACUUUCUCCUCUUGUUUUACAUGCAGCACUACUCUCGGUUUUAUUUUGGUCUGAGAUAGAGUUAACUGCAAUCAGAUUGUCAUAAGGUUUAUAUAAGAAACAGUUGCUAAUUUGAGGACUUGGGUGAAUGGUGUGCCACUUCUUAUGUCUGGCUAAAUUAGAAUGACAUUUCCAGUGAGUGUCACAGUCUCUUUUGAGUGUUUACGAAACUUCUGGGGUCUCCUUUCAAUGCAUUCCUUUAAUUUGUCCCUGGAAGCAUCGCUACACAUUUUUAGCUUGUUUGCUACUUUUGUGACAGAAGGACAGAAGAAUUGGGUAGAUGUUCACCUUUUAGGGCUGCAACUAUAGCUUUAAGUUUGUGCAAGGGAAAUGUUGAAAAGUGAGUAACCUUGAUCUUAAAAAUCAUCCUCCACAUAGAGCAGGGUGAAGAGAAGCUGUGCAUGGUGGCUGGAGUCCGCAACGCGCUGUGCUGACCUAGCCGUAGAAUUCCAGGGGCGAAGACAUUACAGAGCUCAGGGCAGGUGAAGCCAAGAGGAAGAAGUUUCUGUGGACAGUAAAAAAAAAAAAAAAAUCACUUUUCUUAUCUUUUUACCAAAACCAAGUUUCAGGAAAAUAUCUCGAUGCUGUUAAUUUUUAGUGACACUUGUGUAAGGUCCUGUGAGUUGUACUUACCCCGUACCUGGCACUGCUAAGCUUUUCAGGCUGCCUUUCCGGUCCUGCUGACGUCUUGCAGUUGUGGGCCCAGGGCUGAGACGCCACGUUGACUGCCUCCGGCACAUCUCCCUGUGGCCGCCAGCACCGCCACCCUUCCCCGUGGGGAGUAACGGAAGCGCCGCGCCUUUACAGCCGUCAGCCGCCUCAGCAGCUUGGCUUGUUAACAUAUUCGGGCUGUUUGCGGUGGCCCUGGCGCGUUCCAGGGCGAGAGUGGACCCUCGCUAGAGGCGGCGCAGGCGUCGGCGGGCCGUGAGCUGGGUUGGCGCAGGCGAACAAGACGGCAGCUGUUUUUCCGGCUCAGACCCUAGAAUGCUUAACCAGAGUUUUUUGAAGAACCUCAUCUCACUAUAGUUACUUUUACUUUUUCCACUUUUGUUAUAUAUGUAUUUAUGAUAGCAUUUGAGUAUUGGUACCUUUUAUUAAAAGGUCAACUUGGUGUUGUGCUGUUGAGCUGGUUUCUGGUUUCCUACAAAUACUGAGUCCUAGGUCUUGACUUCCUUUGGGAGGCCGGCUGACUUCCACACACUGUAAAUGCUGUGAACGCUGUUGCCUGACACAUCUGCGAACGAACAUGCAAACUCUUGGCAUAAUGUGAACUAAGAUUGCAAAUGUUAGUGGCCAUUUUGCAACCAUGAAGAGGAUAGCACUUUAUCUAGAUAAAAACUGGAUUUUUUAUUUUUUAAAUACCUUGAACUGUUUGUUGCUCAGAACUUAAGCAUGCCAACACGUCAUUUGUCCAUGCUUGAAGUGAAAUGUUUUACUCUUCACUGGAGAAGACAGAACAGGUUGAUCUUCAUCUCACUGCUUCACACGAGUGCCGAAAACGUACCUGGCCUUGACGGGAGGCAGAGCCGCAUUCGUAAUGGUUUCUUUUUUUCUCCAUGGAGCGUUCUGUGAUCAGUUUCCCAGGAGGUGAGUUGUCUUUGCUCUUCCAAGGAAAGUCACUUUCCAAACUGAAGGAGGCUGAUGUAAAGAAAUAUUUGUACUAUUUAUAAUCCAUAUAUUUGACUGCAAGUUACAGAGCUUAAGAACAUGAUGGUUGAACUCUAAUAUAUUUGGAACUGAUUCAUAAGAAAAACAAACUAUUAAAUUAUCUUUGAAACCAUUCUUGAAGCUAAUUUAUUAGAUAAAAAUGUUUCAAUUGCAGGCCUGUAGAAAUAAUAGUUCAAUGCUAAGUUAUAAGUUCAGUGCAUUUUUCUUUCCUUUUUUGAAUCUGUAACGUUUCCCCCAGUGAUUAAACUGCAGUAAUUGCUUUUAAUAGAGUCAAUUAAAAUUUAGUAUUCUUGGAUAGAUUUUUAGGAUAAGAAAAGAUGGGUAGACUUUUGGAAUAAAAAGAUAAAUGUGGGAAAUAUUGCACAGACGUUCAAACAGUUGGUGAUGCACGAAAAGACUAGAAGAGACCAAAACACGUUUCUCCAGCUCCACCAGCUUUCAACAGUGUAGAGCUGUCGGGUAGUUUCUUACCUCUUCCUCUUCCUUUAAAAAACCUCUAGGCAGCUACGUUUCCCCCAGUCAUUUUUCUUUAUGUUAAGACAGUAGCAUGCACACACACUGUUACUUUCUGCCCCUGUUCCUAGCACACAGCAGAGAGUGCUGUGGGGUAUGCAAGGCCAUUCCGCGGUCACUGAUAGCACAAAGGCUCAGCAAUACUCCCUCCCGUGGCCAGGGUUUUGUGUCUUUUCCAGCAGGAGUGAGUAGGCCUGCUGUGUUUCGCUAACUGCUGGGUGUUUAAGAUAAGUUACAAUGUUUGACACUUGAAAAAGUAAAUAUCUGCUUUAUUGGUUACUUAGUAGUUUCACGCCUAGGGUAUGGUGCAGUGUGCUAAAGUCUUUUCUUAAAAGCAGAUUUUGGUAAAACGCUGACGUGCGGCCCUGUGGCCUUGGCGUGUCUUCCGCUCCAAGGCAGCACUGCGUGGGCUGGCGCGAGGAGAGCGAGGGCGGCACCGUCAGCGGUCUGCGUGGAUAGGAAGCCAGGCACGCUGGGUCUUACGGCUUGGUAUGUUGUGGUUUAAGACGAAAUGGAGAAAAGGACAAAAAUGGUCCCUAUGCAUUUUCUCUCAUGGAUGUCCUUGAUCUAACGGGCAUGCCUACCAAGAACUCUUCUAACUGGUGGUUAGGGCUUACUUUGGAUAUUGGAGGGUGGCUUUGUUACAGAUGGAUUUUAUCUUCGAACACUGCAUUUUGACCAGCUUUGUAUGUUCACGUGUAUUAAAACACAGUGCACUAAAUGCUUUGCCCCCCUUUGCUGUCACCCGGUCGAGGUGUCCAUUAGCUCUGUCGUCACUAACUCGUGUGAACGGCGUGGUCAGUGAGAGCUAUUUCCUGUUUCCUGCCGAAUUAAAUUGCUGUUUUCUAGUAUUUCAUUAAUUUAUUUUUGGCUCUCGUUUCUGUAUACCAAAAGUAGUUUGUGUGUGUGUGGCAUUCGCUUGAUUUUGUUGCUAAAAGACUUGUAGUUUUUAUUUAAAGUAAUCUGUACCUUAGUUUUUUAAUGUAACCAAUUCAAGCACUUUAAGCAAUAAUGUCAAUCUUGUGAAAUUUCAAUCAGUUUUAACACCCUGCCUCUAAAAUUGUUUGCAAAAAAUAAAAACUAAAAAAUAGGAAUUCUCUUUCUAGAGAAUUAUAUCUGGGUAUGCUUACACACGUUGACCUAAGAUCCAUUUUAUCAAAGUGUGGGUCAGGAGUGAGCCUUAUGUCCAGGGAAUCAUCUCAGACAUAAUCUGGAAGCACUGGAAAUGUAAAGAAGACUCUGGUGGCUGUCAUAGUGCAAGGGAGUGCUGCUGUGACGGUUGACAAAAUCAAUGUUCUGGAGAUAACACUACUUUCUUGAGUGAAAAAGAUCAACAGAAUUAAUCCAGAAACUUGUAUCUGGGGAAUAGCUCAUAGAGAAACAUUAGUGGAUUGGAAGAUAGGUCUCAGGCUCACAGUGAAUUCCUUUCCUGGGACUUGGCUAGUUAAAUGAAGUGGCUUCCAGCUCGGGUCCUAUCAGCAUCCGGUGGCAAGGAAGCUAGGGGGAUGUGGUCCUGUCCUUGGGCUUCUCGGCUUGUUUGAGCUGCGGGAACCCCAGCUUCACAGGCCCGCAGCUGGGCGCGCAGCGCUGCCUCCCCAGGAGCACAGCAAGUGGCAGUCCCUCUGUGGGGGCUCCGAGUGCAGCCUGCAGUUGCCCCCAGAGGACCUCUUCCCAGCCGGUCACCGGGAGGGGACCCACAGAGGGGCAGAAGCCGUCCCCUCGCUCUCUACUGGCCCAGCUGUGGGAAUAGACGCCGCAGGCCCAAGAGGGUGUGCUGUGUUGUAGUGGUGAGUGCCGGCCCUCUGUGGGGCUGGUACCGUGGAACCUGAGUGGGAACUGAGGCUGUAAGGAAAGUCACCUGUUGCCAGGAGGAUCCAAGGAAGAGAAGACCUUGGGAAUAUGCUUUAUUUUUCCAGGCCUUGUUCUCUCCAUCUGUCAAAUGGGGCUUAUAGGAUAGGCCUGUCACUACCAAGCCCCCAUGGCAGCACAACUUCUGAGGAAUGAGAAGAGUUCGUUGUCUCUCUGUGUGUCCCUCUCUUUUCAUUGACACUUAAAACACCUCUGACAGGGCAUGAAGCCUUCCGUAUUACCCAUUGCCUUAUACUUCCAUGAGGAUGAAGAUACUUGCUCAGUUACUGCUGUUCCCCCUGGAGAAGUUUUGAUCGUGGGCACAAUCCUAAAAACCAACCACUUAGAUCUUCCUAGAGAUGCCCUGGGUGGAGGAAUUUUAGCUCAACAGUCACUUUGGCCUUGAGUGCGAGGCGUUGUGCCAUUUGGGACGUAGAAAAGUGAAACAGGUUCCUCUUCUCAUCUCCUGGCUCAGAAGAAAUGUCUGCGUAGAAAAGAAAUUUAAAGUUGUGUAAAUAACGUGAGGACUGUGGGCAUUCGCCCUGGUUGGACCGUGCAGGUGGCACUUUACGAAGAGUAGGCGUGCCUCUCUUCCUGGGGCCCCACUUUCUUUCCUGCCUGCCUUAGGCAUUGCCUUAGCCUGGCACCUCCUAGCGGUGACACAGUUUUAAAAACAGAGUAAAACCAUGAUGUUGCAGCGGUGGACUUGAGUGUUUUGCCUCUUAAUUGUCAUAAUAAAGGAGAAAAUACAUGGAGAAUCCUAACCGUGAUUUCAUAAGUCGUGUCUGCCAUUUCUAAGCCAUUUGUUUAUGUUAUUACCAAAUAAUUAAGGCAUAUUACAAUUUCACCAAAUUAAACCAAGGCACAAGAGUCUUUAAGCCAUAUGACUAGUGGUUUCAUUCGAUUAACAACCUGUGUUAAUCUCAUUUUUGAGUACCCACUGAUUUCAAGUGCUUUAAGCCAAACACAUGAGGAGCUUACAAAGGAAAGAGAACUUCGUUUUGGUAAUAAAAGACUAGUCAGAAAUGACAUGAGAUUUUGUAAAAAGGGUUCCUAAUUUUGCACUGACUUCCCAUGUGUUGUUAAUAAAGUAUUCACAACCUUGA